AUGACGCUCGACAGCCUCCACUCCUCCAUCUCACAGCUACGCCUCCCCAACGAGAUCCCCGAGGACACCUCCGAACGGAUCGUGAAGCUCCACCAUAUACCCUUAGGAGUAGGCUACACUAUCGAAACAUGGAGUUGGCCACUGCUCCUGGGCGUGAGUAAAUUAACCGGUGCCCUCAUGGCGGGAAAUACGCUUGUCAUGAAGCGUAUUUACGUGCACGAGGAUAUCUUCGAUAAGUUCCGGGAGCGGUUCGUCGACUUUGCUAGGAACAUCAAGACGGGACAUGCGGCGGACCCGGGGGACAGGUUCCGUCUGAGAUAA